AUGAAUGCUAUGGUGGUGAGAUAGUGUUUAUUUCUGUUUCAUGGGGAUUCUUGUAAGAUAAGAAGAGGACCUAUCUCAUGAGUAGCAGCAAGGUGGAUUACAUGUACAAACAGUGACUGCACUCCUCUCCUCUCUGCAUGACACACUAAUUCCAGAUCACUUUAACCCAGGGGCAGGACGGACCCUUCCCAAAUAGGACCCUCACCCUACACACACACACACGCUACAUUAUCCUGCACACACACCCUACUCUACACGCACACACGCAAACACACACACACGCACAUCACCCUACAUUACUCCGCACGCACUGGUGGUACAGAACUUCAUGAGUGUGUGUGUGUGUGUCUGUGUGUGUGUGUUUGUGUGUGUGUGUCUGUGUGUCUGUGUGUGUGUCUGUCUGUCUGUCUGUCUGUGUGUGUGUGUGUGUGUGUGUGUGUGUGUGUGUGUGUGUGUGUGUGUCUCUGUGUGUGUGUGUGUGUGGUGUGUGUGUGUGUGUGUGUGUGUGUGUGUGUGUGGGUGUGUGUGUGUGGUGUGUGUGUGUGUGUGUGUGUGUGUGUGUGUGUGUGUGUGUGUGUUGUGUGUGUGUUGUGUUGUGUGUUUGUGUGUGUGUGUGUUGUGGUGGUGUACGGUAUAACCAGCUCCCAGGCUCCUGCUGACCCUGUUAUAACAACCUGGCUCAGUUCACAUCAGUAAAACUAACCAGAGUGCUGCUUCACACUGUUCCAUUACCUCAUCCCAGACAGACACAUUACCUCUCUCUAACUGGGACAGUACUGGGCACUGGGUACUACAGGAAGGCAGACAUUACCUCUCUCUAACUGGGACAGUACUGGGCACUGGGUACUACAGGAAGGCAGACAUUACCUCUCUCUAACUGGGACAGUACUGGGCAUGGGUACUACAGGCAGCAGACAUUACCCUCUCUCUAAACUGGACAGUACUGGCCACUGGUACUACAGGCAGGCAACAUUACCUCUCUGUAACUGGGACAGUACUGGCACUGGUACUACAGCAGGCAGACAUUACCUCUCUCUAACUGGGACAGUACUGGCCACUGGGUACUACGGCAGGCAACAUUACCUCUCUCUAACUGGGACAGUACUGGCCACUGGGUACUACAGGCAGGCAGACAUUACUCUCUCUAACUGGGACAGUUACUGGCCACUGGGUAUACAGGCAGGCAGACAUUACCUCUCUCUAACUGGACAGUACUGGCCACUGGGUACUACAGCAGGCAGACAUUACCCCUCUCUCUAACUGGGACAGUAACUGGACACUGGGUACUACAGGCAGGCAGACAUUACCUCUCUCUAACUGGGACAGUUACUAGGACACUGGGUACUACAGGCAGGCAGACAUUACCUCUCCUCUCUAACUGGGACAGUACUGGCCACUGGGUACUACAGGCAGGCAGACAUUACCUCUCUCUAACUGGGACAGUACUGGCCACUGGGUACUACAGGCAGGCAGACAUUACCUCUCUCUAACUGGGACAGUACUGGCCACUGGGUACUACAGGCAGGCAGACAUUACCUCUCUCUAACUGGGACAGUACUGGCCACUGGGUACUAACCAGGCAGGCAAGACAUUACCUCUCUGCUAACUGGGACAGUACUGGCCACUGGGUAACUACAGGACAGGCAGAGACAUUACCUCUCUCUAACUGGGACAGUACUGGCCACUGGGUACUACAGGCAGGCAGACAUUACCUCUCUCUAACUGGGACAGUACUGGCCACUGGGUACUACAGGCAGGCAGACAUUACCUCUCUCUAACUGGGACAGUACUGGGCACUGGGUACUACAGGCAGGCAGACAUUACCUCUCUCUAACUGGGACAGUACUGGACACUGGGUACUACAGGCAGGCAGACAUUACCUCUCUCUAACUGGGACAGUACUGGACACUGGGUACUACAGGCAGGCAGACAUUACCUCUCUCUAACUGGGACAGUACUGGCCACUGGGUACUACAGGCAGGCAGACAACUACAACAACACAUACUGUACAACAACAGUCAGAUGUACAGAGUGACACAUGGAUAUGUACACAGAGACAAAGAGACGGACAGACAGACAGACAGGCGGGCAGACAGACAGACAGAUAGACCAGACAGACGGGCAGAUAGACAGACAAAUAGACAAGACAACAGCGCAGACGACAGACAACAGACAGCGACAGACAUACCCUACAGACUAGGCAGACGGCAGGCAAGACAGACGAGACAGACAAACAGACACAGACAGGCAGACAUAAGACUAACAGUGGGCAGAGACACAGACAGAUAGACAUACAACCAGACUGGGACAGACGGACACGGCGGCAGAGCAUACAUAACCAGACAGACGGGCAAUAGACAACAAAUAGACAGACAGACCGACAACGGACAGACAGACAGACCAACAGACUACUACAGCAGACGACAGACAGACAGACGCAGACAGACAUCAACAGACAGGCAGACAGGGCACGGAAGACAGACAGUAGACAGACAACAGACGACAGACAACUGACAGACAGACAGAAGACAGACAACGAAGACAGUACAGACGACAGGCAGACAACAGGCAGACAGCAGGCAGAGACAACGAUAGACAACAAACCGACAGAAGAAAGACAGGGUAGGCAGAGACAGACAGAUAGACAGGACAAACAGACAGACGGACAGCACGGCAGACAGCAAAACAGGCGGGCAGAGACAGACACCAAGGACACUGAUUCAUCACUUGUUUCUUACAAAAACAAACUGACAGACAUUGAAGUGUUACUGAAAAAGGCCCACAGAUCUUUCAGAAGCUCAAAGACAGGACAGGAACAUGGCAGAAGUGAGUUUAAGUGAGAGAAAAAUUAAACAUCGGUCCACGGCCAUGGCUUAACAUUUUCCUGGGUAAAUACCAAUGUCUCUCUCUGUGAGCAACCUGCCCAGCAAAUUUUUUCCAUUUCCAGAAACCAAAAUGUUCCUUGAAGAAGGACAUACAGUAUCGCUGUCUGUUACUGAAUGAACAAUAUACUAUACAAUUACAGUCUAGACUAGAACAGGACUUAAAUAACAACAUGGGAUAAUAAAGGAUGUUUAAAUGUUUAAAUUGCAAAGGGGAACCUGACAAAUGUUUUCCAAAUAGUUUCCAAAUAGCAUAGUUAUCAAAUCAAAUCAAAUCAAAUGGUAUUGGUCACAUACACAUAUCUAGCAGAUGUUAUUGCGGGUGUAGCGAAAUGCUUGUGUUCCUAGCUCCAACAGUGCAGUAGUAUCUAACAAUUUAGAACAGCACACAAAUCUAAAAGUAAAAGAAUAGAAUUAAGAAAUAUAUAAAUAUUAGGACGAGCAAUGUCGGCGUGGCAUUGACUAAAACACAGUAGAAUAGAAUACAGUAUAUACAUUUGAGAUGAGUAAAGCAGUAUGUAAACAUUAAAGUGACUAGUGUUCCAUUAUUAAAGUGACCAGUGAUUCCAUAUCUAUGUAUAUAGGGCAGAAGCCUCUAAGGUGCAGGGUUGCGUAACCGGGUGGUAGCCGGCUAGUGAUGGCUAUUUAACAGUCUGAUGGCCUUGAGAUAAAAGCUGUUUUUCAGUCUAUCUGUCCCAGCUUUGAUGCACCUGUACUGACCUCGCCUUCUGGAUGAUAGCGGGGUGAACAGGCCGCGGCUCGGGUGGUUGAUGUCCUUGAUGAUCUUUUUGGCCUUCCUGUGACAUCGGGUGCUGUAGGUGUCCUGGAGGGCAGGCAGUGUACCCCCGGUGAUGCGUUGGGCUGACCGCAUCACCCUCUGGAGAGCCCUGCGGUUGUUAGUAAUCAGGCCUAUUACUGUUGUGUCGUCUGCAAACUUGAUGAUUGAGUUGGAGGCCUGUGUGGCCACGCAGUCAUGGGUGAACAGGGAGUACAGGAAGGGGCUGAGCACGCACCCUUGUGGGGCCCCUGUGUUGAGGAUCAGCGAAGUGGAAGUGUUGUUUCCUACCUUCACCACCUGGGGGGGCGGCCCGUCAGGAAGUCCAGGACCCAGUUGCACAGGGCGAGGUUCAGACCCAGGUCCCGAGCUUAAUGAUGAGCUUGGAGGGUACUAUGGUGUUGAAAACUGAGCUAUAGUCAAUGAACAGCAUUCUUACAUAGGUAUUCCUCUUGUCCAGAUAGAAUAGGGCAGUGUGCAGUGCAAUGGCGAUUGCAUCGUCUGUGUAUCUAUUGGGGUGGUAAGCAAAUUGAAGUGGGUCUAGGGUGUCAGGUAAGGUAGAGGUGAUAUGAUCCUUAUCUAGCCUCUCAAAGCACUUCAUUAUGACAGAAAUGAGUGCUAGGGGGCGAUAGUCAUUUAGUUCAGCUUCGUUUGUUUUCUUGGGUACAGGAACAAUGGUGGACAUCUUGAAGCAAGUGGGGACAGCAGACUGGGAUAGGAGAGAUUGAAUAUAUCAGUAAACACUCCAACCAGCAGGUCUGCGCAUGCUCUGAGGAUGCGGCUAGGGAUGCCGUCUGUGCCAGCAGCCUUGCGAGGGUUAAGAAGUUUAAAUGUCUUACUCACCUCAGCCAUGGAGAAUGAUAGCCCACAAUCCUUGCGAGCGGGCCGCGUCGGUGGCACUGUGUUAUCCUCAAAGCGGGUGAAGAAGGUGUUAAGCUUGUCUGGGAGACGUCGGUGUCCGUGACAUGGCUGGUUUUCCCUUUGUAAUCCGUGAUUGUCUGUAGACCCUGCCACAUACGUCUGGUGUCUGAGCCGUUGAAUUGCAACUCCACUUUGUCUCUGUACUGACAUUUUGCCUGUUUGAUUGCCUUACGGAGGGAAUAACUACACUGUUUGUAUUCGACCAUAUUCCCAGUCACCUUGCCAUGGUUAAAUGCGGUUGGUGUGCGCUAUACGUUUUGCGCGAAUGCUGCCAUCUAUCCAAGGUUUCUGGUUUGGGUAGGUUUUAAUAGUAACAGUGGGAACAACAUCCCCUCUACUCUUCCUGAUGAACUCAGUCACCGUGUCAAUGUAUAUGUCAAUGUUACUCUCAGAGGCUGAACAUAUCCUAAGCAAUUACAUGGAAUUAUACUAAUAAAUAAAAUGAGGUUACAUGUAACUACGUGGUAUCUAUGCAACUUAAUGAAGUGUGACAUAAAGUAUGGCUAUUUCUGAAAGGAGGGGGUUAUUUGGGCCGGAGCUGUAUGAAAAAUGUAUGCACUCACUUAACUGUAAGUCGCUCUGGAUAAGAGCGUCUGCUAAAUGACUAAAAAUGUAAAAUGUGGUGGAAUGCCUGUGAUUUCAUCCAGGAGGAGAAGAGAUGCAGGAGGCGGGUGUGAUGCAGGAGGCGGAGUAGCCUACACAGAUUCCAUGUGGAGAUGCGUCCACUAGCCGUUAGAAUCUGGACUGCAUUACUGUCAGGCGCAUCCUCACUCUCCUCUCCUCCUCUCUGCUGUCCACCUCUCCCGCCCGCGUGCCAAGUGUCUUUCCAAGUCGGAUUAAGCCAUGUAAACGGACCGGUAACGUGACCGGUAACAGCUGAGCCACUGCUCGUGCCCUGUUGCUGUGAGAGUUGGUGGCUGAACUUGAACUGUAGACGAGCUUCACUGUUCCGGGCAUUUGCAGUUAAGAAGAUAGAUCCCGCUGUAUGGUGGUGGUAUUCCCUCUGGAAUCUGCGAGUGAGGAGUUAACGAGUUGCGCGCGAGUACUCUCAUCUCUCUGCCUCGCUGCAGUCUUAAUAUGAACAGCAUUUACCAUCUCGCUUUUCUGGGUAAGUUGCAGCCUUUUUUUUUUGUUGAUAUUAUUUCAAAGUUUAAUCAAAGAAGUUGCACCGGUAUUUUUCUGACACUCAAAUGUUGGCCCUAUCCGUGCCACAUAGCCUAUUUUAUUUCCUCUCCAAGUUCUGAUUCCACGCUGUGUGCAUGAUAUAAAACAGAAGCCCACACCUUUUGCAGUAAGCCAAUUGCCUACCUGUACCAGAAGCUGUAUAGCUGUAAAUCUUGUUCUGCUUCUCCUUGUCCUCCAGUCCCUGUGCUUGUUGGGGCGCAGCAGCAGCUGCUGUUACCCGGGUCCUGCAGCUUCGAUACGGGUACCUGCGAUUACACCUCCGACCUUGCCUAUGCCAGAUGGACCAGGAAUGAGGAAGGUUGGACAACUAACUCACUUACUAUGUAGUCAAUGCUGUACACAAAAUGCACAAAUAAAAUAUAGAAUUGGAAGGGCUGGGCUGGGAGAAAAGGCAUUCUGCCCUUCAGUUGCAGGUUGUCUUCAUUGAUAUUAACAUGUUUUGAGAUUUUGCAGGGCUACAUUUACAUUCUCAGGACUAUAUACAGAAUAGAUGGUAAAUAUGUCUAAGGUCAGAGCAGCAUGUAUAUACAAUGUGUCUGUCUGUCUGUCCAUACUACUCUUUAUGCAUGACUGGUUACAUUAGGAGGGCCUCUUUAAGAGGGAUGGGGGAGAACAAAAAAUACACAAGGGGUAGUGAGAGAGAGGGGGAGUGGGGAGAGAGAGGAGGGUUAAUAGAUAUGAGAGAGAGAGAGCAGAGAAGAUAGAUUUGGUUUGUUGUUUUUGUGUUGUGAUAGAUCGGAGAGCGAUGAGGUUCCUCGCUCUUCGGCUAUUCUUUCCCCUUUUCCCCUUUUCUCUCUCCCUUUUUCUCUCUUUCCUUUUUUCUCUCUCUCUUUUCUUUUUCUCUUCUUUUCCUUUUCCUUUUUUCUCCUUUUUCCUUUUUCUCUCUCCUUUCUCUCUCUCCUCCUCUCUCCCCCUCUCUCUUUUUUCUUUUUUUUUCUUCUCUCUCUCUUUUUUUUUCUUUUUUCUCCCCUUCCCCUUUUUUUUUUCUUUUUCUUCUCUCUCUUUCUCCCCCUCUUUUUCCCCUUUCUCUCCCUUCUCUCCUCCCUUUUCUCCCCCUCUCUCUCUUCCCCUCUCCCCAUCUUUUUUCCCCUCUUCUUUGUCUCCCCGUCCUCCCUCUCUUCUUCUUUUUUUUUGGGCCCGCCCCUCUGGGCCUCUUUCCCCCCUUUGUCCUUUUGGGUUUGGGGUGUUCCCCCCCCCUUUUCCCUUCCCUUUUCCCAUUUUCCCGUUGGUCCUAUAGGGGGGGGGUAACCCCUUUAGACUUCAUAAAGUGGACCAGUCCAUUAUUUGAGGGCACUGAUUUUGGGGGGAAAAGACCACAAUUUGCACCUUUUUGGGGCCCCGGGGGUUUACUUUUCCAAAAUUUAAAACGCUUUUUUUCAAACCAGAGUUUUUAAAUGGCCCGCUACAAUGGAAGGUUUUUUUUUGGCCCCCUGGAAACCCAAGGCUAAUUACUUUUAAUAAGUUUCCCAAAAAAUUUUUAAAAAACAGGGGAAAAAAAAAGUCUGGGGAAAGAGAGAGGGGGGGGGGGGGGGGGGGGGGGGGGGGGAAAUUUUUUUUUUUUUUUUUAGAACAAAUUUUUUUUUUUUUUUUUUGGAAUUGGCCCGUGGUUGAAUUUUUUUGGGGUUUUUUUUUUUUUUUUUUUUUUUUUUUUUUUUUUUUUUCCCUUUUGUCUUUUUAUUUUGGGGUGUUUUUUUUGGUUUUUUGGGGGGGGUUUUUUUUUUCCCCUCUCUUUCUUCCUGGGGCUGCUUUUUAAUCUCCCUUUCUUUCCCCCUCGGGGCGCGGGGGUUUUGUACCGGGGUUUUUGGGGGCGGGCCCUUUUUUUCCCCCCUUUCCCCUUUUUCUCUUUUUUUUUCUUUUUUUUGCCCCUUUUCCCCUCUUUUUUUUUCCCCUCUCUCUCUCCUUUUUUCUCCCCUUUUCCUUUUUUCCCCCCUUUUCCCCUUUUCUUUUUCCUUCCCCUUUUUUUCCCCGCCCUUCCCCUCCCUUUCCCUUCCCCUUUCCCUUCUCUCUCUCUCUCUCUUCUCCCUCUUUCUUUCUCUCUCUCUCUCUUCUCUUCUCUCUCCUCUCCUCUCUCUCCCUUCCCUCUUUUCUCUCUCUCUCUUCCCCCCCUCCCCUUUCCCCCCUCUUCUCCUUUUCCCCCUUUCCCCCCCUUUCCCCUCUCUCUUUUUCCCUUCCUCCCCCUUCCCUUUCCCCUCCCUCCCCCCCUCUCUUUCCCCAAAAAGAAAAAAAACCUUUUUCCCUUUUUUCUGUUGCCCCCCUCCUUCCCAAAACCCCCUUCUUAGACGCCCCCCCCCACAGGUUUUCCUGUUUAUACCUCAAAAAAAUUACAUUACAAAACCCCUCCCCUCCUCACCAACAAACACCCCCAACCAAAUUCUCCUGGUUUUUUAUAAAAUCUUCCUUUUCCUACCCCCUCUUAAUGUUUGGUUUUGCCUACCCUCUUGCCAUCCUGCUUCCAAAACCAGAUGGCCUGACUGACACUAUCGGCUGCAUGUGCCAUUUGGGAUGCAGUGGUAGUGUGUCUGCGACCAGCUUCACUCUGGGAAGUGCUGGGUGGGCCCAUAAUCUGUUAACCCUGCCAGGAGACAUCCAGCAGGGUUUAGGCUUUCAAGUGGUUGAAGAACAAAAGCCUUCACUUCACACUGAACGGCUGAGGCAUUACAAGAGCAGUCCCUGGCUGACAGAAAACAGAGCAGAGCAUGUAGCCGAGAGAAUGGAAUAACUGUCAAACAUGAAACUACAAUCCCCUGACGGCGAACCGACACAACCUUGGUGAUGUCGGACUCAGUGGCUUGUGAAUCGCGAUGGGCGGGCCGGCGGUUUCGUUCCUCCCACUGGGUCGGUAAAUACAGCCAUAAAACCAAAAGACUUGGCCGCGACGGCUGUGUUUUCUGUUUGGUUUCCACAGCAACGCUGGAUCAGACAGGGGCCAGGCCCGGCUUACCAAAAAAGAAAAAGAAACCGAGUCACUCCAGAUACUGACUGGUGUUCUGAUCCAUUUCAGAUACUGACUGGUUUUCCCUACCUUUUUUAAGGUAUCUGUGACCAACAGAUGCAUAUCUGUAUUCCCAGUCGUGAAAUCCACAGAUUUGGGCCUAAUGAAUUUAUUUCAAUUGACUGAUUUCCUUUAAUGAACUGUAACUCAGUAAAAUCUUGUUGCAUUUAUAUUUUGUUCAGUAUAGUUUAAAUGUAUCGAAUCACUUGGGAGUUUCAGAACUUUGGGUAAACUUCUCGUUUAAGAUGCUUUUGGGAAACCGGACCAUGACUGUUAGGGACCACUCUAUCGAGACAGAGAAUAAUCUGUGUCCCUCUGGGUGGUCAGUCUGUGAAAGGAGGACAAAAAUUAAGGAAAAUCAUCCUUUCUUUAAUCUUUCAUUUGAUGUAUUCUUUCUUCAUAAGACUGCCAUGAUGUCAUAUCAUCCUCUUGGCUUCACAUCACAACCAUAUCCAUUAACUCAGAUGACAUCCAUCUUGGAAUACCACAGUCUUUUCUUUAUUCGUCUUCGUUUUCAGGGGGGGGGGGGGGGGGGCGGGCCUGGCCCCUGUCUAAUCCAGCGUUGCUGUGGAAUCACAUGGGAGUUUCUGGAUUUUGGGUAAACUUUUCCUUUAAGGCAAAGUUCAUCGUUAGAACCCAUCGUAGGAGCAUCGUUACAUUUCUGCGCUGCGCUUGAAAACGCUUGUUAUUUACAGACAGCUAAGUUUGUUGUUAGAUGUAUUGACACAUGCUCCAACGACGCACUUAGCGAGCGUUCUCUCUGCGUUUUGGGAAACGCAUGUUACAUCUUCGGCCGUUGUAGGAACGAUGCAUCGUUAAAACACUCUUCAAACAUUCGUAAGCCUAAAUUCCAUCGGGAAACCCGGCCAUGGGUCUGUAGGUGGGUUGGUGUCCGUUCCGGUCGAUCCUUCAGGUGUAUUAGUUUAGGUUUUUAGAGCGAGAGAAUGACUCAUAGGAGCUGUUAGAACAUAGUCACUCCAGCAUGGUGGUGGAACAUUGUGUUUUAUAAAGAAUGUACGCAUAUUUUCACCGUUUUCUUUCAGCCUUCUCACCACUAAAUCUAGAUAAAGAGGAAAUGAAUGCGUUUGCAGCCUGAAUGGAGAAGGUUUUAGGUAGGAACCGGUCCACGGGGGAUACGAGUGUAUUGCCUUCAGCAUACAAUGUGUUUGGACGGUAAGAUGAAACGACUCAAUAUCACAUUCUUUUUACAUUUUUUUGUCAUUUAGCGGACGCUCUUAUCCAGAGCAACUUACAGGAGCAAUUAGAGUUAAGUGCCUUGCUCAAGGGCACAUCGACAUAUUUUUCACCUAAUCGGCACGGGGAUUAGAACCAGCGACGUUUCGGUUACUGGCACAACGCUCUUAACCACUAAGCUACCUGCCGCCCUCACCAUCUGCCGGCCUUUGGGCUAAGCUGUACCUAUUGUGUAGACACACACAGUUAUAAUCACAGUUAUAAUCACAGUUAUAUGCAGUUAGAUUUACUGAGUCUCUGGCUUCUAGAUGAACGUUAUCCCUCCGCAUGGUUACAAAAUUUGGGAGGUGCUCGGCGAUGUGGUACGGAGCUCAAUUUGGCUUAUGCAUGCCUCCGGAGGCUCUGCAAUUGCAUCACAUCCUCCAUACGGAGCCUCCAACCACCAUUGAGUAGCUUUUCUGAGUACUUGUACCAUCACACCACCACCACCAUGCUUGACCUUUGGUAUGAUGUUCUUACUGUGGAAUGCAGAGUUUGGUUUUCGCCAGGCAUUACUGGAACCAUGUCAUCCAAAAAGUGAUACUUUUGAAUCAUCUUUCCAUAGAACGUCUUGAUGAUCAUCCAGGUGCUUUUUGGCAAACUUGAGUCAACUUUUUGGACGAGAUGGGUCCCAUUAUGUCUGCCGAAAACCAAACACUGCAUUCCACAGUAAGAACAUCAUAUCAAAGGUCAAGCAUGGUGGUGGUGGUGUGAUGGUUUGGGAAUGGUUUGCUGCCUCAGGACCUGGACGACUUGCCUUAAUAGAAGGAACCAUGAAUUCUGCUCCGUAUCAGAGAAUUCUACAGGAGAAUGUCAGACCAUCCGUCUGUGAGCUGAAGCUGAAGCGCAGCUGGGUCAUGCAGCAAGACAAUGAUCCAAAACACACAAUCAAGUCUACAUGAAAAUUGCUAAAAAGCAACAAAUUGGAAGUUUUGGAAUGGCCUAGUCAAAGUCCAGACCUAAUCCCAAUUGAGAUGUUGUGCCAGGACUUGAAACGAGCAGUUCAUGCUUGAAAACCCACACGUCACUGAGUUAAAGCAGUUCUGCAUGGAAGAGUGGGCCAAAAUUCCUCCACAGCGACGUGAGAGACUGAUCAACAACUACAGGAAGCAUUUGGUUGGAGUCAUUGCAGCUAAAGGUGGCACAACCAGUUAUUGAGUGUAAGGGGGCAAUUACUUUUUCACACAGGGGAAUUGGGUGUUGAAUAACUUUGUUUAUGAAAUAAAUGAAAUAAAUAUGUAAUUGUUGUGUUAUUUGUUCACUUAUGUUCCCUUUAUCUAAUAUUCGGUUUUGGUUGAAGAUCUGAUAACAUUCAGUAUCACAAAUAUGCAAAAGUAGAGAAAAUUAGAAAGGGGGCAAAUACUUUUUCACAGCACUGUAUCUGGGUAGGAGCGUUGGGCCGGUAACCGAAAGUUUGCUGGAUCGAAUCCCCGAGCUGACAAGGUCAAAUCUGUCGUUCUGCACCUGAGCAAGGCAGUUAACCCGCUGUUCCCCAGGCGCCAAUGAUGUCAAUUAAGGCAGCCCCCCGCACCUCUCUGAUUCAGAGGGGUUGGUUAAAUGCAGAAGACACAUUUCAGUUGAAUGCAUUCAGUUGUAUAUUUUACAUUUUUAGUCAUUUAGCAGACACUCUUAUCCAGAGCAAUUAGGGUUAAGUGCCUUGCUCAAGGGCACAUCGACAGGUUUUUCACCUAGUCGGCUCAGGGAUUAGAACCAGCAACCUUUCAGUUACUGGCACAACGCUCUUAACCACUAAGCUACCUGCCACCAACAGACUAGGUAUCCCCCUUUCUCUUGUAUCACUUGUAGCACAUAACAAAUUACCUUUCUCACCCUAGUAUUAAGGAGCUCAGGGCCAGAUGCAGUUUAUCUGCAGAAAAUGAGUGUUAAAGGGAUAGUCCACCCAAAUUACAACAUGACAUAUUGGUUUCCUUACCCUGUAAGCAGUCUAUUGACAAGGUUUGACAGCAAUCCAUGCUUUGGUUUAGUUUCCCUAGCACUGUUUCCAAAUACUAACGUUUUAGCAUUUGUGGCACAAAUCCCAUCCGUCCUGGUAGCGAUAUUAGCAUUUCUCGCGCAUCUUGUCCAAAUCAUCCGAAAGUAUCUCAAAUGUAUUGUGAAUGCCAGCAAAGUCACUUAGAUGAGUCGAACAUGAUGUGCGAAAAUGCUAAUAUUGUUACCAUGACUUCAAUGGGAUUUGUGCCACAAAUGCCACAAAAUCAUGGUUCCGAUAUUAGUAUUUUUCGUGCAUCAUGUUCAAAUCAUAUUUAAGUGACUUUGUUGAGCUUCACAAUACAUUUUAGAUACUUUUGGAUGAUUUGAACAUGAUGUGCUAAAAAUGCUAAUAUUGGUACCAUAAUUUUGUGGCAUUUGUAGUCUGUAGAUAAGCAGGUUAAAUGGAUUAUACGCAUCAUGUCCAUCACAGCCAGCUCUGGUCAGACAGACUAGGAUUAGGCCCCAAGCCAACCAAACAGACGUGUUUAGCUUUAGGAUUUAGACAUUCAAUCCAGUGAUUAUUUCCGUAUUUCAAACUGUUUUUAAUAGAUGCUAGAAUAUGACAAACAACAGUUACGGUAAAAUGAAAAGUUUAGCGCUGAACCAAAGAUGUUUAUUAUUCCAAGAGAGUCCAUCUCCUGUUGUCCAGCUUGAACACUGCAGUAUCAAUAUCUCUUCAUUUACUCCUUGGCCCCAACAUGUGGAGAUGUUUACAGUUAGAGGAUCACUCUGAGGCCUUUUCUGAGGAGACCAGUAUAUCUCAGUCAGGAGUGUUGAUGUCAGGGGAAUGUGGUGCAGGAGAAGACCCAAAUGGCAACCCAUUCCCUGGUCAAAAGUAGUGCACUAUGUAGGGAAUAGGGUUUCAUCAGGAGUGUUGGUGUUAGGAGACUGUCUGUGGGACAGGGGAAGGGUCUAACUCAGGAUUGUUGGUGUUAUAUUAGGAGAUAUCGGGACAGGGGAAGAGCAUUGUUUUGGUUAGAGUACAGAAGAGAGGAAAAGAGAUAGAGUUUGAAACAGGGAGAAAAACAGGGGGGAGGACAAGAGAGAUGGGCUUUGAAAAAUGGGGAGUACUGGGAGAGAACAGAAGAGAGAGGGGGCUUGAAAGAGAAAUGGUCCACAUGGCAUCUGGAAGGAAUCAUGUCCACUGUCUGUCUGUCAGAGCAUAUAGUUUGUUCCAGGUCGUAAAAGUGGACAGAGUAACGGACGCCAUUAUAAUAAUAUACUAUAGACAAAAACCGUCUCCAUGCCAACUUGCUGCUUAUAACACAUUACAGCACUACAGUAGCCAUCUCCAUAUGGAUCAUCUACAGUUGGUGCUUAUUGAACAUGUGGCUCAGCUGAUCUGCUUCCUAAAUAAAUAAUAAUAAUAAUCUGCUUCCUCUACAGAGACCAGAAGAAUCCAGUCCAUACUCAUGGUUUAUGAUGCAUAGCAUAGCCUGCCAUUGCUCAUCAACAUUUGGGUUUAGCCAAGGAGUUGACUCUCCAGCAAAGAUUGAUCUUGUUAUCUAUUAACGGUCUUUAAACAGUUUAAAGAAGAGGAGGAUUUUUCACCCUAAAAACCAUAGGAUUUUAAUCCUAUUCCUUCUCUCUCUCUCUCUCUCUCUGUCCCCCACUACUUUCCUCUCUCUCCCUCCCUACGGACUCCCCCACCCACGGUGCAGUGAGUCCACCACCCACGGUGCAGUGAGUCCACCACCCACGGUGCAGUGAGUCCACCACCCACGGUGCAGUGAGUCCACCACCCACGGUGCAGUGAGUCCACCACCCACUGUGCAGUGAGUUUACCACCCACGGUGCAGUGCAGGGGAAAAGGUGACCAGGGUCAUUCGUUUUUUUUUGUUUCCAGACUCUAUUGGUUUGGUUUGGUCUGACCUCCUUUUCCCUUUGACAGAGAGUUUUUUCCAUCUUCCUCCUUGGUUGGCGACCAACAGUUUUAUGUUCGUCUUAAUGACUCAAUGUCCUUGAUGCUCUAUGAACUAAUUCUGUGGUUAAUAGCUGAUUUCAGCUGAUUAACUCUCUGAUUGAAGUCAGCUUCUUUCAUAUGCUGAUGUCAGGUUUUGGUGUGCUUGUACGGUAUUUUAGCCUUUUUGUUUAGACUAGGUGAUACACUGUAUAACUACACAACAUGACCACACACACACACACACACACACACACACACACACACACACACACACACACACACACACACACACACACACACACACACACACACACACACACACACACACACACACACACAGACAGACAGACAGACAGACAGACAGACAGACAGACAGACAGACAGACAGACAGACAGACAGACAGACAGACAGACAGACAGACAGACAGACAGACAGACAGACAGACAGACAGACAGACAGACAGACAGACAGACAGACAGACAGACAGACAGACAGACAGACAGACAGACAGACAGACAGACAGACAGACAGACACAAACAGACAAACAGAGACACACAUAGACAGACACACACACACAGACACACACACACACACACACACAGAGAGAGAGAGACACACUCACCCACACAAACACACACACACACACACUCUGUAUCAAACCAAAAUAUUUUUUUUAAAUAAAGAAGAAAUCAACAUAAUAAUAUUAAGUAUUGAUUUACGAUUUCAAUAUCAAGCUACACUAUUUGGGUAUUCCUCUCUCAAUUCUCCACAGGGCGUUUCAUCACGGCAGACUCGUCCUUCCUUGAUGGGAGGGAGAAGGCUGUUCUAGUGAGCCCAGUAUUAGAGCUGCUGGACUGGAGCUGUCUGAGGCUGGUCUACCAGAUCACUGGUGCUGGCUCUCUGCAGCUGCACCUCAGACCGGAAGGAGACAACUUUGACUACACACUGUGGAGCGCAGACAAGCCUUCAGACAGCUGGCUCAUCGCUAGCAUUGACCUGAGAAACACCUCUAACGCAUACCAGGUACACACACACGCACACACACACACACACACACUCACCUACCAGGUAAGCUGGCAGACUACACCCUCAAAACACUCAGCCUCUAUAUUCAAUAACUGGGGUUCAGCCUUUAUAUUAAAUAACUGGGGUUCAAACUCUAUAUUCUAUAACUGGGAUUCAGCCUCUAUAUUCUAUAACUGGGGUUCAGCCUCUAUAACUGGGGUUCAGCCUCUAUAUUCUAUAACUGGGGUUCAGCCUCUAUAUUCUAUAACUGGGGUUCAGCCUCUAUAUUCUAUAACUGGGGUUCAGCCUCUGUAUUCUAUAACUGGGGUUCAGCCUCUAUAACUGGGGUUCAGCCUCUAUAUUCUAUAACUGGGGUUCAGCCUCUAUAUUCUAUAACUGGGGUUCAGCCUCUAUAUUCUAUAACUGGGAUUCAGCCUCUAUAUUCUAUAACUGGGGUUCAGCUUCUAUAUUCUAUAACUGUGGAAUACUGUGGUUUACCGUGUGGGAUAUUUAUAGACGAGGGGAUUUAAACGUGACAAGUGUUUACAAAAUAAUAUAACAUUUUAUGGCUAGCUGAUAUCACAGGAGCCCAUUAACCCUCCUUUAAUGAACUGAGAGGGUUGGGUUUUGGUUUUAGACCAAGGCCACAUUAACUAUACUAAUGACAGAGGAUGAUGUAAGCCUGUACUUUUUAGGAUUUGAAUGCUCGUCACUGCAUCCUGUAUCAGAAGGUUGGUUGGACCUCACUAAAAUCCUGUAGAUCGCUUGUUUUGUUUACAAAGCUCUGCUCCACAAGUUUCCAACAUAUCUCACUUCCCUGUUGAAAUAUCAAAAUAUGAGAUACCAAACCCGUUCGCAGGGUUGGUUAACUCUUGAGGUCCCGCUUGUUUCCACAAAGUUUGGUAAAACCGACUUCAGUUUUAACACACCACAGUUAAAGAAUACCUUACAAAAUAAAUUAUACCUGGACUCCCUGGUGCCGAUAGGGCAGAUUAAAACUCUGUUGUUAAAUGUGUUCACUGAAGUGUGCAAUUGUUUCAAUUGAUUAUUAUAACUUGUUGUAAUAACCUGAUGGAAUGUAUUUAUAGUUGUCUUGUAGUUUGUAUCUUUGUUGUUGUAUUGAUGGACAUAGAUUUUGUCCUCAGGGCCAUUGUAAAUGAGACACUGGUCUCAAUUGGGUUCCCCUUAAUAAAUAAAAGUUAAUAAAUAAAAAAAUAUAUAAUAAUAUUAAACAUAAUUGCUCUCUAACUCACUUACCCUUAAUAACCACAGCAAUAUGCUCAUAGGUUGCGACCCAAAUGCCACCCUAUCCCUAUUUAGGUCAGGGCCCAUAGGACUCUGUUCAAAUGUAUUGCACUAUAUUGUCUCAUUUGGGACGCAGGCAUACUCUCCCAUUACGUAAAGCACCAUAGGAUCAUCAAGAGAGUGAGUGAUGGGAAAAUAAUAAUGUUUACUCUAUUAUAACCUUAACAUAAACCACCCUUAAUGGGAAUAGUCCUCUAGGUAUAACCUUAACAUAAACCCCCCUAAUGGAUAGUCCUCUAUUGAUAGCCUUAACGUAACCCCACCCCGUAAGGGAACUAGUCUCGUAGUUAUAACCUUAACUGUAAACCCCCCUAAUGGAAUAGUCCUCUAUUAAUAGCCUUAACAUAAACCCCCCCCUAAUGGAAUAGUCUCUAUAUAACCUUAAUGUAAACCAACCCCCCCUAAUGGAAUAGUCUCUAUUAUAGCCAUUAACGUAAACCCCCCCCUAAUGAAUAGUCUCUAUUAUAUAACCUUAAUAUAAACCCCCCGAAUGAAAUAGUCCUCUAUUAAUAGCCUUAACGUAAACCCCCCCCCAUAAUGGAAUAGUCUCUAUUAUAGCCUUAACGUAAAACCCCCCCCCUAAUGGAAUAGUCUCUAUUAUAACCUUAAUGUAAACCCCCUAAUGGAAUAGUAUCGAUUAUAGCCUUAACAUAAACCCCCCUAAUGGAAUAGUCUCUAUUAUAACCUUAACAUAAACCCCCUUAAUGGAAUAGUCUCUAUUAUAACCUUAACGUAAACCCCCCUAAUGGAAUAGUCUCUAUUAUAGCCUUAACGUAAACCCCCCUAAUGGAAUAGUCUCUAUUUACCCUUACGUUAAACCCCCCUAAUGGAAUAGUCUCUAUUAUAGCCUUAAAUGAAACCCCCCCUAAUGGAAUAGUCUCUAUAUAGCUUAAUGUAAACCCCCCUAUGGAAUAGUUCUAUUAUAGCCUUAAAUAAACCCACCCCACUAAUGGAAUAGUCUCUAUUAUAGCCUUAAUUAACCCCCCUAAUGGAAUAGUCUCUUUAUAACCUUAAUGUAAACCCCCCUAAUGAAUAGUCUCUAUUAUGCCUUAAUGUAAACCCCCAAUGAAUAUCUCUAUAUAACCUUAAUGUAAACCCCUAUGGAAUAGUCUCUAUUAUAGCCUUGAAUGAACCCCCUAAUGAGUAGUCUCUAUAAUAAUAAAAUAAUAACCUUAUUAAACCCCCCUAUGGAAUGUCCUCCAUUACCUUAAUAAACCCCCCUAAUGAAUGCUCUCUAUUAUCAGGCCUUAUAAACCCUCAAUGUGAAUAGUCCUAUAUUGUCUCAUUUGGGACGCACAUACCUCUCCCCAUUACCUAAGACCAUAGGAUCUCAUAAGCCUUAAGUAAGCCCCCCUAAAUGAAUAUGUUCUCUAUUAUAACCUUAACAUAAACCCCCCUAAUGGAAUAGUCUCUAUUAUAACCUUAACAUAAACCCCCCUAAUGGAAUAGUCUCUAUUAUAGCCUUAACGUAAACCCCCCCUAAUGGAAUAGUCUCUAUUAUAACCUUAAUGUAAACCCCCCUAAUGGAAUAGUCUCUAUUAUAGCCUUAAGUAAACCCCCCUAAUGGAAUAGUCUCUAUUAUAACCUUAAUGUAAACCCCCCCUAAUGGAAUAGUCUCUAUUAUAGCCUUAACGUAAACCCCCCCUAAUGGAAUAGUCUCUAUUAUAACCUUAAUGUAAACCCCCCUAAUGGAAUAGUCUCUAUUAUAGCCUUAACGUAAACCCCCCCUAAUGGAAUAGUCUCUAUUAUAGCCUUAAUGUAAACCCCCCUAAUGGAAUAGUCUCUAUUAUAACCUUAAUGUAAACCCCCCUAAUGGAAUAGUCUCUAUUAUAGCCUUAACGUAAACCCCUCCUAAUGGAAUAGUCUCUAUUAUAAGCCUUAAUGUAAACCCCCCUAAUGGAAUAGUCCUCUAUUAUAACCUUAAUGUACAACCCCCCUAAUGGAAUAGUCUCUAUUAUAAGCCUUAAUGUAAACCCCCCUAAUGGAAUAGUCCUAUAUUAUAGACCUUAAACCCCACCACCCCCCCCAAUGGAAUAGUCUCUAUUAUAGCCUUAAUGUAAACCCCCCCCUAAUUGAAUAGUUCUAUUAUAGCCUUAAUGUAAACCCCCCUAAUGGAAUAGUAUCUAUAUAGCCUUAAUGUAAACCCCCCCUAAUGGAAUAGUCUCUAUUAUAGCCUAUGUAAACCCCCCUAAUGGGAAUAGUCCUCUUAUUAAAACCUUAAUGUAAACCCCCCUAAUGGAAUAGUCUCUAUUAUAGCCUUAAUGUAAACCCCCCUAAUGGAAUAGUCUCUAUUAUAACCUUAAUGUAAACCCCCCUAAUGGAAUAGUCUCUAUUAUAGCCUUAAUGUAAACCCCCCUAAUGGAAUAGUCUAUAUAUAGCCUUAAUGUAAACCCCCCUAAUGGAAUAGUCUCUAUUAUAGCCUUAAUGUAAAACCCCCCCUAAUGGAAUAGUCUCUAUUAUAGCCUUAAGUAAACCCCCCUAAUGGAAUAGUCUCUAUUAUAACCUUAAUGUAAACCCCCCCUAAUGGAAUCGUCUCAUAUUAUAACCUUAACUUAAACCCACCCCCCCCCCCCCCCCCCCUAAUGGAAUAGUCUCUAUUAUAACCUUAACUAAACCCCCCCUCCGCCUUACCCCCCCCCCUAAUGGAAUAGUCUCUAUUAUAGCCUUAAUGUAAACCCCCCUAAUGGAAUAGUCUCUAUUAUAGCCUUAAUGUAAACCCCCCUAAUGGAAUAGUCUCUAUUAUAGCCUUAAUGUAAACCCCCCUAAUGGAAUAGUCUCUAUUAUAACCUUAAUAACUACCCCCCCCCCCCCCCCCCAAUGGAAUAGUCUCUAUUAUAGCCUUAAUGUAAACCCCCCUAAUGAAAUUCUCUAUUAUUAAACCUUAACAUAACCCCCCCCCCCCCCCCUAAUGGAAUAUCUCUAUUAUAACCUAAUGUAAACCCCCCUAAUGGAAUAGUCCAUAUACCUCUAAUUAAUGGAACCUUAAACUAAACACCCCCCUAAUGGAAUAUCUCUAUUAUACCUUAAAUAAACCCCCCUAAAUAAAUAGUCUCUAUUAUAGCCUUAACCAUAAACCCCCUAAAUAAAUAGGUCUCAUUAUAGCAUUAAUGUAAACCCCCCCUACUGGAAUAGUCUCUAUUAUAACCUUAACAUAAAACCCCCUAAUGGAAUAGGCUAUAUUAUAGCCUAAUGUAAACCCCCCUAAUGGAAUAGUCCUAUUAUAAACCUUAAUGUACCCCCCCUAAUGGAAUAGUCUCUAUUAUAACAUUUAAAAUAAACCCCCCUAAUGGAAUAGUCUCUAUUAUAGCCUUAAAUGUAAACCCCCCUAAUGGAUAGUAUCUAUUAUAACCUAAUUUAAACCCCUCCUAAUGGAAUAUAGUCCCUAUUAUAGCCUUACAUUAAACCCCCCCUAAUGGAAUAGUUCUCUAUUAUAACCUUAACCAUAACCCCCUAAUGGAAUAGUAGUCUCUAUUAUAACCUAAUGUAAACCCCCCUAAUGGGAAUAGUCCUAUAUUAUAUAGCCUUAAUGUAAACCCCCCUAAUGGAAUAGUCUAUAUUAUAGCCUUAAUGUAAACCCCCCUAAUGGAAUAGUCUCUAUUAUAACCUUAAUGUAAACCGCCCUAAUGGAAUAGUCUCUAUUAUAACCUUAAUGUAUGUGACAGGAACGUUUUAAGGUGGACAGCGUGUAUAUACCUUAUAUCACCACAAUAUGGCCGCUGUCUAGUCUUCAUGUCUUCCAUCAUCAUGCAGGAUUAGACAGGUUAGACAGACUACUGUACGGGCCAGGAGGCCUAAUGGUGCUCAAGAUACUCUGCAGCAGCUGUAUCACAGGACAGAUUUCACCUCUCAUUUAGUGAUGGGAGGUGAUAGAUUGAUAGGUGCUCAGCUUUAGGCCCAACCCAUACAGCAGUGUUUCCCAACCUCGGAUCUAGGGGACCCCAAGGGGUGCACGUUUUUGGAUCCCAAGCGGUGCACUACACAGCUGAUUCAUCAUUUAAGCUUUGAUUAUUAGAGUGUGGGAAACACUGCCAUAGGGGGAUGUGUUGGAGGGGAUGUCAUCUGUUAGGGUUUUAUUGCUUUUAGAGUGGAGACAGAGACUUUUUACUGAAAACUAAACUUCAUAACAUUAUCUUAUCUGAUAUAAUGGCCCCUUUGUUUUCAUUCUCUCUCUCUCCUCUCUCUCUCUCUCUCUUCUUCUCUCUCCCUCUCUCUCUCUCUUCUCUCUCUCUCUCUCUACCUCCUCUCUCUCUCUUGUCCUGUCUGUCUGUCUGUCUGUCUGUCUGUCUGUCUGUCUGUUCUGUCUGUCGGUCUGUCUGUUCUGUCUGUCUGUCUGUCUGUCUGUCUGUCUGUCUGUCUGUCUGUCGUCUGUCUGUCUGUCUGUCGUCAUGUCUGUCUGUCUGUCUGUCGUCGUCUGUGGCUGUCUGUCUGUCUGUCUGUCUGUCUGUCUGUCUGUCUGUCCGUCCGUCCGUCCGUCCGUCCGUCCUAGCUUUUGCUGGAGGGUCGACCCAGUGAGGAAGCAGGCAACAGUGUGGCGAUCUUUGAAAUCCACAUCGUGCCUGGCUACUGCAUAGGUCAGUUCUCAGGGUAGGAGAAUGUUAAGACAACUGUUAAGCCUCACAACAUGUGGUUGAUUACUGUAUAUGUUUAGAAAACACAUAGAGGGACAUGAGCUGUUUCUACUGAUGAUAUUGAAGCCAUAAAUAUGCCUUAUACAAGGUACAUAUGCAGAUUUCAUUACUUUUAUACCAAGAGAUAUAACUGUUGUUGUUGUUGUUGUUGUUGUUGUUAUCAGAGUGUAACUUUGAGGAGCACCACCUGUGCGGCUACAGUAACCACUGGAACCCUAAUGUCAACUGGUACGUUGGAGGGAGUCUGGCCAGAGACCCACAGUCCAACCUGCCUGAUGACCACACCAUGUACAACCAGAGAGGUACACACACACACCAUGUACAACCAGAGAGGUUCACACACGCACACACACACACCAUGAGCAACCAGAGAGGUACACACACACACACACACACCAGCAACCAGAGAGGUACACACACACACAAAGAUCACACCAGGGGCCUGACCUGAGUGUGUGUUCUGUUCAUUGGGGUAUGUGUACUAGGUUUUUUGUUCUAUACGACACGAUAAACCAAUGUUGCUGUCAUGUUUCUACACCUCAUCUCUCUCCAGGCCACUACAUGUAUGUGGACUCAGUCUAUGCUAAGCGGUUCCAGGAAGUGGCCAAGCUGACGUCUCCCAUGACGACCACACCGCUGUCAGGCUGCUUCUCGUUCUACUACCAGCGGGACCAGGAGAGAGGGAACAUCUUCUCAGUGUUCACUAGAGACACGCUGGGACACUAUGAGGAGAUCUGGAGGCCUGACGUCUACGCUACACCUUCCUGGAGGCUGGUCAACGUGGACAUCAAGGCCCCACACCCCCUGGAGGUCAGUACUGGUAGUGCACCACACGUGCUAGACAAACAAACACACGCCUGGAGGCUAGUCACUGUGGUCAUCAAGGCUGGAGGUCAGUACUGGCCCUACACACCUUAUAGUUCAGGGGUCAGAGGGCAAGGACAGACAGACAGACAGACAGACAGACAGACAGACAGACAGACAGACAGACAGACAGACAGACAGACAGACAGACAGACAGACAGACAGACAGACAGACAGACAGACAGACAGACAGACAGAAAGACAGAAAGACGCACGCAAGCAGGCAGGCACACACACACACACACACCCAUAGAUAUCUUUGGUCUCCAAAGAUUUCGCUACAUCCGCAAUAACAUCUGCUAAACACUGGUAUGUGACCAAUUUGAUUGGAUUUGUUUUGAAAUCUUUGGUCUGUGCAGUAUUCUUCCCUGUGGAUUCCCUGGACAGAUAUAAAUAGCCAGACAGGAGAAGGGUGUUAUUAAUUACUGUUGCCAUAGCGCCAGAGACUGAGUGAGUUCCUUCAAGGGUAGAACACCAUGAAGAAGAUUCAGGGAAGAGUUUGGAUGACUCUUCCCCUCCUCCUCCUCCUCCUCCUCCUCCUCCUCCUCCUCCUCCUCCCAGUCCUCAUCCUUCUCCUCUUCUCCUCCUCUCCUCCUCCUCUCUUCCUCCGCCCCCUUCUCCUCCUAUUAAUCUGUUGUUGGAAGAGAAUAGAAAGGAAAGGAAAUGUUUGGUCUCGUUCUCUGCUGCUGCUGUAGUGUUAUAAUGUAUCUUAUAGCAGACUGGUGACUUCCUGUCAGAUUUUGAUGUGAAGUAUAUGUCAAUUUUUCAUAGAAUUUAGGUUGAAUAUUUUUUGCAUAAUAUUGAUUUCCAUUGGGAACUGAAGAAGGAGCACGGUGUUUGUUUUCUGUCUACCAUGUUAAAGCCCCCUGGCAGUCUUUUUAUUUUUAAAUAAUCACUGUAUAUCUAAUAAAUCACUGUGUGUGUUUAUUUCAUGAAAAUAACUCCAAAUAUAUUUGUUAUAAUUUAUUGCCCUCAGCCUCCUUUUGCCAUUGAAAUGCUCCAUCUGAUCGUGUGGGCAUGUCGAUACAAAUGUAAAUAUAUUUACAUACACAGCCCUGAUUGGCAGAUAGUCAGUGGUGGAAAAAGUAUCCAGUUGUCAUACUUGAGUAAAAGUAAAGAUACCGUAAUAGAAAAUGACUCAAGUAAAAGUGAAAAACUACUUGAGUAAAAGUCUAAAAGUAUUUGGUUUUAAAUAUACUUAAGUAUCAAAAGUAAAUGUAAUUGCUAAAAUAUACUUAAGUAUCAAAAGUAAAAGUAAAAGUAGAAAUUAUUUAUAAUUCCUUACAUUAUGCAAACCAGACGGCACAAUUUUCUUUCUUUAAAAAAAAAUGGAUGGAAAGCCAGGGGCACACACCAACACUCAGACAUAAUUUACAAACAAAGCAUAUGUGUUUAGUGAGUCCGCCAGAUCAGAGGCAGUAGGGUUUUAUGUUCUCUUGAGAAGUGCGUGAAUUUGACCAUUUUCCAGUCCUGCCAAGCAUUCAAAAUGAAACAAGUACUUUUGGGUGUCAGGGAAAAUGUAUGGAGUAAAAAGUACAUUAUUUUCUUCAGGAAUGUAGUGGAGUAAAAGUAAAAAUUAUAUCAAUAGUAAAGUACAGAUACCCCAAAAAACAACUGAAGUAUUACUUUAAAGUAUUUUUACUUAAGUAUUUUACACCACUGCGGAUAGGAUCGUCUAGACUCUAGAGAGCCUACCCUGCUUACCCCUUCAAAGUAGGAGGAUACAUAUGCAAAUAAAAGAUGACUGGUCAUUGGUCAGAAUAAUCAGAUCAGAUUGUGAUGUCAUGAUCUGGGCCAAAUAUUCCAUCCCACUUGAACAGGCUGAAAUUCCAGGCAUUCUUUUUCAAACAGCUCUUACACAUAAAGGGCAUUAUCAUAAUUUUCACAAUUUCAGAGUGUUAUUUUGACCCUCAUAGUGUGGAAAUAUCAUCAAACAAACAGGAAAAUCACAUUUUUAACUGCACUGCCCUUUAACCUAAACAUGUAGAACUGGGCAGUAUGUACAGUGGCGUGUAUUCAUGGAUAUCAAGAGAAGCCAGGCAUCCCAAAAAAAUUGACCAAGAAAACAAUAAAUAAAAUAAUGUAUCUUCCAUCUCUGUGUUUCAUAAUUUUCCUUCAAUUCACAAGAUGCUGAAGGGACAGUUUCUCACCGGAGAAAGCAUCAGAGCGAGCGAAACAGCGCCCCUCUGUCUCUGUAUGUGUAGGCCAUCUAUCUGAUGCUGUCUGGUCAAAAAGAGUAUGACACUGUUGCCUUCCGUAGCAUUGAAUGUAAGAGAAGCCAGCAAGCAUUUGGCCACCCUUGAUAAAAAAUUAAUAAUAAUAAUAGCCAAUCAGUGUUGAGCUAAAGUGAGUGAGCUCAACUGUGAAUGGUCCUGGCACACCAAAAAAAAGUGUUAAAGGAAGCCAGUUUGGAUUUGGCGUCAUUCCCAUCAAAUCGCAUCAAGAGCAUACGUCAUUGACAGAAACAACUUGAAUUGUUGCAUCUCGUUGUGUUGUUGUCCUCUGGUGGCUAGCUAGCUAGCUAAAAUUGCCCUUUCCUAAAUUAGCCAUGGAGGAAGAUUGGGUUUUGGAAUCGUGGUUUUACUUAAUUCUACGUACUGGACAAUGACUAUAACGGCAAUUCUGAUCCAACCAUUAAUUCAUACAUUGUGCCCCUGGCCUGAGAGGAUGGAAGUUCAAUAUGUAGCCAGAUGUAGAUGUUAACUAGCUAACGUUGCCCAUCAAAGGAAGUUAGGCUAGCGAGCAAGCAAUUUAGCCAGUUAGCCUAGGACAACAAAAAAUAAAAGCGUGUACUGUAUGACAGAGUGAUAGACCGUUUCGUCAACAUCAAAGAGAGGAGGAUUGCAUUGGUGUUUCUCUACAAGUAGGGUGAGUCAACAUGUUUUUUCUACAUGCACGAACGCGCACACACACACACACAGAAAUCAGAACCAUAGACAGCCACAUCAUAUUUUGCUUACAUUGAUUGGACUAAAUAGUUUGUGGUAUCUUUUAGUUGUCACUGUAUUAGACUAAGCAUACUGUAGGUGAUUUGACGAUGUUGAAAUGGUGCUGGAAUAGUGGAGGCAGCUCCUGUGUACUUUGCGACUUGCGGUAACUGUGGUUCUAAAUCAAUAAUUGUUUAGCGGUUCGAAAAUAUCGGAAACAUUAACUUCCCUGACCAUGCUGAAGGUCAUGUAACUGUUUGUUACAUGCAAUAUACUUUGUUGCUCUCCGGUUUUGUGAUGAAACAAAGGUGUGGUUGAAUUUAUUCUGCCACUGUGUCUUCUUAUUGUAAAAUAAAAAUAAAAAAAAACAUUAUUUAGCAGACGCUCUUAUCCAGAGCGACUUACAUGAGCAAUUAGGGUUAAGUGCCUUGCUUAAGGGCACAUCGACAGAUUUAUCACCUAGUCGGCUCGGGGAUUAGAACCAGCGACCUUUCGGUUACUGGCACAACGCUCUUACCCACUAAGCUACCUGCCGGGAAGGCCUCAGGCCUAUAUAUCAGGAUCGCAAGGCAUAUGAAUUAACAGCUUAUAGAGCAAACAACACAAUUAUCACAACACAUAGGUUGUAAUAUGGCUUUUUAUUCUGGCUUCCCUAGUGAUUUUAGUUUUCUCUACUGAUGUGUGUUUGACUAUUCAGUUCCAGGAUAAAUAAAUCUGAGGUAACGAGCGCCUCGGUUAGAGUUCCUCUCAGACAGAAGAGUGUUUUAACACACACUCACACGUACACACACACACACACACACAUGUUUUACUAUCCUUGUGGGGACCUAAAGUUGAUUUCCAUUCAAAAUCCUAUUUUCUUUAACCCUAGUUCUAACCCUAACCCCUAACCCCUAACCUCUAAUUGUAAACCUAACCCUAAACCUAACCCUUAGCCUAAAAUAACAGUUUUCCGGGUGGGGACUGGCGAAAUGUCAUUGUUUUACGAUCUUUGUGAGGCCCCAACCAUUUCCUUUACAGCUCUACACAACCCAGUCAACGUGCUACUGUUACAAAGAGAGCCGCUCUGUUCUGUUAUGUAACACGCUACAGAGUCUGGGUUCAUGUCUUUACCAUUACAGUCAACUCAUUGAAGGUUUUAAAUAGGACUUACAUUUAGCAUUGAUAAAAGCUCUGUUGACCUGAGAGGCAUGUUUUAAAUGAAGUUCUGUUGGACAAGCCUGGUCGUUUUAGUGUGGCAUCUGGCUAACUGUAGAUGAGCUAACUGUUGAUGAGCUAACUGAUGCGCUAACUGGUGCGCUAACUGUUGCGCUAACUGUUGCGCUAACUGUUAGGCUAACUGUUGAGCUAACUAUUGAGCUUACACAGUAUGGUUAUCUCCUGAUUAUAUAUUGGUUAUAUCUUGGUUAUAUCUUGGUUUGGUCUGUGUUUUCCAGGUGGUGUAUGAGGUAGCCUUUAACAGUGCUGUGUGUUUUCCAGGUGGUGUAUGAGGUAGCCUUUAACAGUGCUGUGUGUUUUUCAGGUGCUGUAUGAGGUAGCCUUUAACAGUGCUGUGUGUUUUCCAGGUGCUGUAUGAGGUAGCCUUUAACAGUGCUGUGUGUUUUUCAGGUGCUGUAUGAGGUAGCCUUUAACAGUGCUGUGUGUUUUUCAGGUGCUGUAUGAGGUAGCCUUUAACAGUGCUGUGUGUUUUCCAGGUGCUGUAUGAGGUACCCUUUAACAGUGCUGUGUGUUUUCCAGGUGCUGUAUGAGGUAGCCUUUAACAGUGCUGUGUGUUUUCCAGGUGGUGUAUGAGGUAGCCUUUAACAGUGCCCGUGGAGGAUACGUGGCCAUUGAUGACAUCUCCUUCUCUCCAGAGUUCUGCCACACAGAGACAGGUGAGAGGGUACAGUAUUACUAUGAUCAACACAGUGGGGCGGAGAAUCCUAGAGAAUCCAUUGAGCGUGUUUUUUUGUCUAGGACUAUAGGCUUAAUCUGUGUCCGGGAAACCGGCCCAGUGUGUUUCAACAACAGUAGCUACUAGCUACAUUACACCACUACCACAGAGUCCUAGAGUACCACAUAGUCCCUACUCUACCAUCCAACCUGUUCUCAUUACCCUCAAGUGUUCCAGACAACAUAUUGUAUGAUUCAGCAAGAGAGGUGGGAGAGAAGGGUGUGUGCACUUUGAAGAAAAGUAUUGGAAUUGAUUAGACUACGAUUGGAACAUUAUAAAGUUGACAAAUAAUCAUCAUCAGACAGCAGAAUCCUUCGUUUGAUACCACUAUCCUCUGAAGUUGGACUAGUCUCUCUCUCUCGCUCCUCCUGUUGUCUCUCCCUCUCUCUCUCUCUGUCUCCUCUCUCUUCUCCUCUUUCUGGAUCUUUCUUGCUCUCCUUCUCUCUGUCCCUCAGUCUAAAUUCCAAAGAGAACCUCUCUCUGGCCAGCGUUCUCUCACCCUCAGCAACGCGUGUUCCAUUCCUGAGCCCUGGGCUCAGGAUACAGCAUGGUACAUCAUGUAUUUAAACACAGCUCUGAUGUCAUGACUGCCUCAGUACAUACACAAUCUACAGCUUGUUUCUAAUGCAUGGAUACUUUUUAUUUUUUACUGUAAACAUUCAAGACAUGUAUAAGUAUCCUGCUAUGUCCUGAAAAAGACCUUGCAGUAGAAACUUUGACAAUUAAACGUUUCCAUUAGGUCCACUUCCUUGUUUCCCUAAAGUGUAGUAGCAUUUUCUAAAAUGACCGUAGCUGGCCGGUUCUUGGCCUUGUUCUGGUACAGGCCCAUUUGGACUACUUCUAACCCAUGGAAAUUAGAGUACCAUUGUUCACUUCUACCCCCCCCCCCCCCCCCCCAUAGAAUGACUACAGUGUGAUCGCUGCUUGCUUUGUUUCAGAACCUGUGGUUGACCCGUCCAUAGCCAACUGUGACUUUGAGGAGGGUCUGUGUCAGUACUACCAGGAAAGAGUGGAGGGCAAGGUGUGGAACAGAGUAUCAGUGAAACCAAACGCGUACAGAAUAGGAGACCACACCACAGGGACUGGUGAGUUACACAACUCUAUGGCCGCGUCCCAAAUCGCACCCUAUUCCCUAUAUAGUAGACUGCUUUUGACCAGGGUCCAUAGGGCCUUGGUCAAAGGUUGCGCAUUAUAUUAAAUAGGUUGCCAUUUGGGACGCGGCCCAUAAAGCCUGGAAGACUUGUCAUGAGCAUUUAUGAACCCUUUGCGUCUUGUUGUCAUCUCAUAGGGUGAAUCCUAGCUUCCGCUGAAGCCGAAUUUGAACUUAUGUCUCCCAUUGACAUCAAUGCAUAACUAAGUGAAAAUGAUUGUGACUAAAUAACAGGUAUUUAGAGUCAGUUGGAAAUCAAGACAAUUAGCAAAUAAAAAAAGGAAAUAGUAACACAAUAAAAUAACAAUAACGAGGCAAUAUACAAGGAGUAGCGGUACCAAGUCAAUGUGUAGGGGUAUGAGGUAGUUGAGGUAGGUGAGGUAAUAUGUUCAUGUAGGUAGGGGUAAAAGUGAUGUCCUGCAUAGACCGACAUAACAUAUCAAAUCCUACAUCUACCCUCCAGGCUCGUUCCUCCUGGCGAACACACGAUUCACGUCGCGGCCGGGUUAUGUGGGUCGUCUCCACGGUCCUCUCCUACCCGGCAACCAUAAGUACUGUUUGCGUUUCCACUACGCCCUUCACGGCUUCAGGAAGGUGGACAACGCGCUGGUUCUCUACAUCUACGACCAGAACAACGUGGCUCAGGAGAAGGUCUGGAGCCUGGCUGAUACCACCAGAGAUGUCUGGACAGGGGUGGACGUCACCUAUAUGAAGCCCAUGGCUACCAAGGUAACAACGCAUGCAUGCACGGAAGGGAGGGAGGGAGGGAUUGGUAAUAGUUGAGUUUUUGCUCUGCGAUAGCCUGGUAAUAUCUGUGUUAAGACUUGUCUGUCUUUCUCCCAGGUAGUGUUCGUCAGCAUCUGUAAAAACUUCUGGGACUGUGGCCAAGUGGCUCUUGAUGACAUCACAGUGACCAUUGGGGACUGUCGAAUCACAGCAGGUAAGACAGCAGGACAGGCCUGGGCAUGUAUACCUCAGGUCUUUGACCUUGCCAUACUGCAAAUGGGACCGAAUCCUGCCUUGUGAUAUGCACUGCACAUGCCACUAUUAACUAUUUCUCCCAUUGACAUCAAUACUUAUAAUCAGAACUGAAACAGAGGGGCACCCACUGUAUGGGGACAGGUGAUUUACAGCACUGUAUCUUCUCCGUUCUUGAUUUUUUUUUUGUGUGGAAAUAAACAGUCUAUAAGUUAAGUUGAUAUUUUUCAAUAGCCUUGUUGCCAAGCCCAUAGCUCUUUAGUUUUCAUCCAAAGUGAAGUGUUUAUUAAAACACUUUACUAUUUAUAUGUUAGCACCGCUGGCUCAGACAGCUAGCUAGUUUGGCUAAGUUACAUAUCAAAGCUUUGUUCUAGGAGUGUGAUACUAAAACAGUGGUAUGCUGCUACUCUGGUAGCAGUCCAGGACUCGAUUGUUGUAGUUUAGCCAGGAGUCCCUCACUACCUGACCUGAUCUGGAGAAGUGUCACAGACUGGAUGUGAUCCCGGGUCCCCCACUGGAGAAACCAACAUCUUAACCAUUAGAACAAGAGGAAAGUCCCUCUUGGGCCAAGGGCUGACACUGAUUUUAAAAGUUGCAGGCAGGGCUACCUCGCAAGCAGGGUUAUCCUGGCCCUUACAAUGCCAUAUUCAUCGAUAGAUCUUGUGAAUGGCAAGCCACUUUGCUCAAGCCAGAGUAGAUAGUAGCUUGAGAAAAUAUCAAGCUGGAAUCAAAUCAACCACAACUCUCCUCUUUUUCUCCUACUCAGGCCCCGGCCCCGGCUGUGGUUUUCCUACUGGUCUUCUUUAGCCAGCUGCUGAGAGACUGGGCUGGGUCCUUCAGUUAAACUGUCGCUAUUUAUAAAGCUCUUAGGCUGCGUUUACACAGGCAGCACAAUUCAGAUCUUUUGCCACUAAUUGGUCUUUUGACCAAUCAGAUCAGAUCCUUUGCCCAUAAUUGUAAAUGCAGCCUUAGAUGAUCAGCCAUUGUGGGAAAACAUCUGGUCUCGCCGUCUAUGAUGUUACCUGGUAAUUACACGGGCAGUGACGGCCUCUUUGCUUUGACAGCAGUUUCUCUAGGCCAAUAGGGCUGUGUACUCAGGCCGCUGUAGUGAAAACCAUAAAUGAGGCCUUUGGAACGGUUUAGAUGGGUGGUUCUUCUAGGACCAUGAUAUGAUAAUAUUACUGCAACUUUUCAGAGACUAAAUGAGUUGGCUUUGAUUGUAAUAAUAAUUUAUUUCACAUAUGCAUCACAGAAAUAAUUUCUAAGCACUUGUAAGGUUUUGUUAUAAUGUUCUCAGUCUUAAAUUUAAAAAAAAAUGGCAAAAGAUUAGUCAACUAUUAAGACAACAGUUAUCUUCAAAGCGGCAGUGGAUUUAGACUAUUUUAGUCCCAAAGUACACCGCCAUUCAUCAGGGCUGUGAUUGUGUUGCUAAUGGCUUACAUAACUGCUGCUGAUGCAGAUGAUUCAGCCAUUAACCCUGGUGGUUAAGAGCAAUGGGGAAAUGGAGCCAACCCACUCAGAUGUCAUUUCAACAUCUAGUUUUGAUUUACAUUUGGUUGAGAUGUCAAUUCACGUGAAUUCAACGUGAAUUUCUUAUUUUUUUACCAUGUCAUUGGAUUUAGGUUAAAAGUUGGGUGAAAAAAAGACUACAUUCCUUUACGUUGAUUCAAUGUCAUCAGAUAGAAUGUUUUUGUUGAAAUUACAUGGAAACAACGUUGAUGUAACCAGUUUUUGCCCAGUGGGAAAGCAGGCAUCACAGUUAUUCCUUAUCUCAUUAUGAAAUAACUUGAGUGAUCAUUCAAACAACACUGUCAACUGCCAACCCCCAGUGAGUGAGAACCCGUUUGAUGUAGACCAUAUACAGUUAUUACCAUAUUUCUACAUUUAAUCAAGCUUUGCUGUCAGAGUCCUUAAAACAGCUGUGUGUUUAUGUGUGUGUGUGUGUGUGUGUGUGUGUGUGUGUGUGUGUGUGUGUGUGUGUGUGUGUGUGUGUGUGUGUGUGUGUGUGUGUGUGUGUGUGUGUGUGUGCGUCCUCGUACGUGUAUAUGUGUGUGUUCCAGGGCCGUUGAGACCCCUGCCUGGCCAGUGUAACUUUGAGACAGGGGACUGUGGCUACAGUCAGGAGAAGGACUCGGACAAAGGGGAUUGGCUCCGGGUGCGAGGGCAGACCCCCACCUCCUACACCGGGCCCCGAGGGGACCACACUACAGGGGUGGGUGAGUCACCAGUUCAUUCAUCCCGUCAUUCAUACAUACACCCAGAAUCAGUUAUACACACACACGUAACGCUGACGAUAAACACCACCUCCUCCUGAGUGUUUACAUUCCACCCAGUAACCUGUCAUAUCUCAUAUCUCUCUUCAGGGUACUUCAUGUACGUCGAGGCCUCUCUGAUGCGUCCUGGUCACACAGCCCGUCUGCUGUCCUCUGACCUGAGGGGCUCUGCAGGGCCACAGUGUCUGGUCUUCUACUACCACAUGUACGGCUCUGGCACCGGCCUGCUGAGCGUACUCCUGCACCGCAGCGAUAGCGAGCGGGAUGCGUUGCUAUGGAGACGUCGCGGCGAGCAGAGCAUCUCCUGGAUGAGGGCAACGGUGGACUACGAGUGUGACCGCAGACACCAGGUAGAGACACACACACACACAGUGACAGAGAGACAGAGAGACAGACACACAGACAGACAGACAGACAGACAGACAGACAGACAGACAGACAGACAGACAGACAGACAGACAGACAGACAGACAGACAGACAGACAGACAGACAGACAGACAGACAGACAGACAGACAGACAGAAUAGAUAGAGUGCACACUCACUUCAGAAGAAAAAGAAAACGGGGAAUCAUUUGUUUCAUCAGACUCCAUCGGAAUAAAUAUUCUGUUUUAUUCCAUAUCCAUUGAUAUUAAUGCUAUUUUGAGAACUGUAGCUAGGUUUUCAUCCAAUUGGCGACAGAUUUUCAUGUAUAUAUUCUAAAAUCCGCAUAAAGAAAAUAUGCACAUUUUCCCACCAGUGGUGUGUUCCCACCAAACGGACUUGUUGAGGAUAAGUUUUCUUCGAUAUAAUAGUUAUUAUAUAAAUCAAUAUUUGCGCAUAAAGGCAUUUCUAUCGCCAUUUCUCGCAUAAUUAAUUUUACAAAAAGAUCCCACCAUGUCGACCAAACAAAUUAUCUGUUUGCAUUUAUCAAACUGUACCGAAAUUCCCUGUUUUCAUCACAGCUGACGUAAAGUUUUUUUUUAUACGGUAUGACUUUACUUUACUUUAAUGUGGAUUGAAACGUGGUUUGGGAUGAUGAUUUUCUUUGACUUUCGUUACAGAUUAUAUUUGAAGCGAUCCGAGGACCAUCGAUAAGAAGUGAUAUCGCUAUUGAUGACAUUGUGUUUAAAAAAGGACCAUGCACAGCAGGUAGGUUCACUGGCCGUCAUUGUAAAUAAGAAUUUGUUCUUAAUUGACUCGCCUGGGUAAAGAAAGGUAAUAAAGAAAGAAGAAAAAUGAUUUUCAGGACUUGAGAUUGUAUAGUUGGACUUGAGAACACACAUUCCACACAUUCCACAGUUAACACAUUUAUACUCUAUCUGGGAAAAACUUCAACCAGUUCAGUAUGACAUAAUACUGGCACGCUAAAUCAACGGCAAAGUUGUACUCUGAUACUGUAAUAACUGAGCUAUUUUUGUAUUGCGAUAGAACAGCUUAACGCGGUGUAGACAGGGGCUGGUGCAGUCUGUACAGGACACUACCUGCUAGAUGGCAUCCUGUCUAAUCACAGUUCAGUAGCUCAGUAUACUAACCUCAUUCACACACUGAAGUACAGCAUCCUACCACAGGUCCUCAGUCAGAAUAGAGACGGUUCUCUAAAAAUAGGAUGUAUAGAAUACAUAGCUCUCUAUAGAUAGACUUAUCAGGUAUAGAAAAUACAGUUCUCUAUAGAUAGACUUAUCAGGUAUAGAAAAUACAGUUCUCUAUAGAUAGACUUAUCAGGUAUAGAAAAUACAGUUCUCUAUACAUAGACUUAUCAGGUAUAGAAAAUACAGUUCUCUAUACAUAGACUUAUCAGGUAUAGAAAAUACAGUUCUCUAUACAUAGACUUAUCAGGUAUAGAAAAUACAGUUCUCUAUACAUAGACUUAUCAGGUAUAGAAAAUACAGUUCUCUAUAGAUAGACUUAUCAGGUAUAGAAAAUACAGUUCUCUAUAGAUAGAUUAUCAGGUAUAGAAAAUACAGUUCUCUAUAGAUAGACUUAUCAGGUAUAGAAAAUACAGUUCUCUAUACAUAGACUUAUCAGGUAUAGAAAAUACAGUUCUCUAUACAUAGACUUAUCAGGUAUAGACAAUACAGUUCUCUAUACAUAGACUUAUCAGGUAUAGAAAAUACAGUUCUCUAUACAUAGACUUAUCAGGUAUAGAAAAUACAGUUCUCUAUAGAUAGACUUAUCAGGUAUAGAAAAUACAGUUCUCUAUACAUAGACUUAUCAGGUAUAGAAAAUACAGUUCUCUAUACAUAUAUCAGGUAUAGAAAAUACAGUUCUCUAUACAUAGACUUAUCAGGUAUAGAAAAUACUGUUCUCUAUACAUAGACUUAUCAGGUAUAGAAAAUACUGUUCUCUAUACAUAGACUUAUCAGGUAUAGAAAAUACAGUUCUCUAUACAUAGACUUAUCAGGUAUAGAAAAUACAGUUCUCUACUCUAUACAUAGACUUAUCAGGUAUAGAAAAUACAGUUCUCUAUACAUAGACUUAUCAGGUAUAGAAAAUACAGUUCUCUAUACAUAGACUUAUCAGGUAUAGAAAAUACAGUUCUCUAUACAUAGACUUAUCAGGUAUAGAAAAUACAGUUCUCUAUACAUAGACUUAUCAGGUAUAGAAAAUACAGUUCUCUAUACAUAGACUUAUCAGGUAUAGAAAAUACAGUUCUCUAUACAUAGACUUAUCAGGUAUAGAAAAUACAGUUCUCUAUACAUAGACUUAUCAGGUAUAGAAAAUACAGUUCUCUAUAGAUAGAAAUAGGAAUAGAACACCAGGGUUGGGGUCAAUUCCAAUUUAAUUUGAAAUUCCAAUUAAAUUUUUUGAAUUCACUCAUGAAGUGGAGAAUUUACGUUGAAUUAAAUAAAAUGUUUGUACAUGUCCCAGUUAAUGGAAUUACUGAACAUAGUAUAAAAAAAAUGUACUGUAGGAUCGGUUUUUAAUCAUUUCAAACUGUAUUCCUAUAUUUCCAGGAUAGCUAGGUUGUCUGAACAGCCUGAAAGCCUGAAGGAAUUGAAUUCAAAUUGGAAUUUGUGGAAUUGUUGGGGAUAAUAUUGAAUUGGGAAUUGAAUUAUUCUAAUUGACCUAACAUUGGAAUUAAGAGGAAUUUAAUUAUCUCUGAAUUCAAAGACUGACCUGGAAUUUGAAUUGAAUUAGAAUAGAAUUUACAGGGAGAGAGAAUUUAAUUAGAAUAGAAUUUGUGGAAUUGACCCCAACCAUGAUAGACACUGUUCUCGAUUCCUUUCCCUUCCAACAUGAGAUUGUUUCACAGAUGCAUGGACAGGAGGCUGCUGAGGGGAGAACGGCUCAUAAUAAUGUCUGGAACGGAGCAAAUGGAAUGGCAUCAAACACCUGGAAACCAUGUGUUUGAUGUAUUUGAUACCAUUCCACUGAUUCCGCUCCAGUCAUUACCACGAGCCCGUCCUCCCCAAUUAAGGUGCCACCAACCUCCUGUGGAUCCGUGUUAAUAUUUCCAAUUUCUCUUCUAGAUGCUGGAGACACUAUUCCAUACUCCGGCUUCUCAGAAAACUUCAACGAGAUCGAGUACUGAGGGAAACACUGGAGUGGCUGUGUGACUGUGUGUGAUAGAAGACUGGGUGGGGACAAUGGUGAGAGCUUGUGUGUGUGAGUAACUCCAGCAAGACAAUUGACCUAGAGUAGAGCCAUGCUCAGUGACAGUCAUUAGUUUUUCCCCCCCAACUGUUUCUUCUUCUUGUACAAGGUAGGAUAUAAUGUAGGCUUACAGACCAUUGUACAGUCAAAACUUAUUUAGUAGAAAAGUAUUCAAUAUGUUCUGAUCACCCAAACAUAACAAAUCAAAUUUUCUGGAUGUAUGUCAAUUUCUUCAUACUCACUUCGAUGUAUGUAUUGUCAGUGCGGAAAUAACUUGUUGGAUGACUUGUCCAAAAGGGUCUUUAGUUGUUCAUAUUGUUUUAAAACUCAACGUUUCUACUGCACAGUUCAUGUCUGACACCUAGUGGUGGGAGAUCUGUUUUCUGUCCAAAAAUUAUACAUGAAUAGUCUGUGUACAAAUACAAUAGUAAAUAUUCGACCAAACUUGACAAGCACUGACCCACCUGUAUAUCGAAUGUGUAUCUAACAUUCACACUAUGCAUUGUAAUGAUAUCUAACUCCUCACUGGGACAAAGGAUUUGUGUCCAGCUUUAGGUCUGAAGUCACAAGAUACCGGAGAUUCAUAUAACAACGUCUACUGGGAUAGGCUACUCUUCUCUCUUCCUCGGGUUUCUAACUUUCCUCUUCCAUAACAUGUUUUCCUACGUAGGGCUAUGUUCUGCUUAAAUUUAGUAUGUAAAUGAUGCUCUACAAAUAAACGUUGAAUUAAAUUCACACAUUAUUUGUUUUAAUAGAACCUUGACCACUUGUCAGGGGAAUUGUGUGACCAAAUCAGUAUUCCUGUCUGAUUGACAGUCAAAGUAAAUAGAACUAAGUAGCAGUGGUGUCAAACUCAUUCCAUGGAG